GGAAGAGCAAGAUUCUAAGAUACUGAAAAAUCUGGACUUUUAAUUGUAUACUUCCUAAAGAAAUAUAAGGCAUUGAAAAUUGUAGCCUCCUUGCAGUUUAUUUUAUGGUAUCUGUACCUCUUACUUUUUUCUGUAUUUUAUAUUCAAGAAACACCAUGAGCACAAUGCAAAGAAAACGUCGUGGAGGAGCCAUCAAUUCUAGGCAAACUCGAAAACGAAACAGACUGGUAGCUUCAGCUACAGAAAUGGCUUCAGAAGCAGAGCCAAUAGAACUUGAAGAAAGUGCUGGUGAAGAAGUAGUAGAUCUCACAUGUGAAUCUUCUGAACCUGUAGUAGUUGAUCUAACUCACAAUGAUUCUGUUGUGAUUGUUGAAGAGAAUCAACGUCAACAGAGAAAUCUAGGGUUAAGAAGCCAACGGCAAUCUGACAGCUGUGUAUUAAGUAGUGAUGAUGAAGAUGAAUCAAGAGAUAAUGAUGUAUAUGUAACAAACAAGGUGUCUGGAGAUUUAGGAACACUGGAGGAUGAAACUGCAAGUUCAAGGCCUUCAGGUACCGUUAGUUGUCCAAUUUGCAUGGAUGGAUACUCAGAGAUUAUACAAAGUGGACGACUUAUCGUGUCAACCAAAUGCGGCCAUGUCUUCUGUAGUCAGUGCCUCCGUGACUCCCUUAGAAAUGCUAACUCUUGCCCAACUUGUAGGAAAAAACUCAAUCACAAACAGUACCAUCCAAUUUAUAUCUAAGCACUUGAAUUCUUCUCGGGACAGCCUCACCUGGAUCUUGAUGGAAAUGUCGUCAUGCGUUUGUGAUGCCUUGAAGAUUAAAGGAGCAACAGGUUGCCCACCCAGUUGUAGUAAAAUGGAUUUUUGGAGAAUUAACUUGUGCAUAUCUAAACAGCUUUCUUACGGUCCAGUCAUACUGUCAAAAGUAGCUUGUUCGUGUUAAAAGUUCUUGAAGGUCUGCGCGAACAGGUCGGUAUGUGUCACCAAUGAAGCAGCUGAUGUUCAGUUUCCCUCUACUUCUUUUGAAGUGCUUGAACAUGAGUUCUGGAUUUUUUUUAUUUCUUAAAUGCUUUUAAUUACUCCUGCCCCUUUCCCCCCAGAUAAAUAAGUUACAUUGCCUAUAGUAUGAAUAAAUGCUUUCAUUUGAAUCUUAUCAUGAUGAGGGUGGCAGGCAGCAAGUUAUUGGAGAGCAUUCUGCAUGUAGUUUUACCUGCAGUGCAGUUUGUCCAAAUAAAAUGAGUUCUGUGAUAGGCAAAAACUUAAUGCAAUAUUAAAUUGUAUACCAGGGUAAUGCAUUGAAUUAAUAUGCUGUUAGCCAGCCACUAAUCUUUCUUUAACUGGAAUUCUUGCAGACCUAUACUUACGGGCUCUGAGGUGUAGAGUAGAUCGCCAAAUUCCAACUUCCAUAAUGUGAAAGUAUUUCAUUUCUGGUAUAUCAUAAUUGCCCAAGAAUUACUUGAUUUGAAUCACAGUAUUGAAGUGUUUCCUAAUCUGUGGUGAGAUGAUUUCUUGCUUUAAUACUGUUCAGUGUUUCCCUAUAAUCAUAGUUGAGCAGUAAAUCAAUGCCUUUUCUCUGGGCAUGCUGUUUAUAAAAAGGUUUUCAUCAACUGAAUACCAGACUAGACAAAUCUUGGUCCUCUCUAAAGCAUACCUAGUGUAAUGUUUAAAGUUCAGUACGUUCACUUUGCUGUGUAUUCUGCUUCUAUACUGACAGGUUUUAGACACAUACAAUGCUAACAGUACACUGGGCUGUUUAAUCUUAAAUAUAUGUAAUUUAGGCUUCAAUCACUGGCUAGGUAUUGAUGUUGGGAUAGGAAUGCUGAACGAGUGCAGUCUAAUUGGUCACUCAUUGUCUUGAGGAUUAAAAUGUGCAAUAAAGCUUGUAUAGCUCUUUUAAAAUAAAUAAACUUUUCUUCAGGUGCAUGUUUUUUCAAAAAGCUGCAUCUGAAUCUGCACGAUUAGCCAGUUUACCAUUUAUUUUCAGGACUGACUGCUGAGUGCUAUUCAAGAGAAUUUUUAUUUCAGCACAGAAUUACAAGGAGAUAUGGUGCCUGGGUGAACUGAUGCAUUUAACUGUAAUACUUCUAUAUGUGGGCAAGAUGUUAACAUCAGUUUUCUAUGAUCUCUGUACAUACCUCACAGUUGGGCCAAUGUUUUGUUCCACAAUUCAAUACAAUAUUAUAACAAUAUCUAUCAAGGCAUCUUUAAGACUUGAGGUUAGUCUGCGAAACAUGAACAAAAAUAAACUGCCAGAUAUUUUGAAGACUGUUUUUUAUAAUAAAUUGUUCAGAUUUUUUUCUUUUUACCCUCCCCCCAAGACUUCCAAAAACAGAAUUUCAUGAGGUAUGUAAUUAACACAUAAUAAGUAAUAUUAUCAUCUUACUCCACCGGUGGGAGAAUGGAUUGUUUUAAAUUAAAGAAGCUGCUCUAAUUAGCAAUUUAAACUUUGAAGAGGUGUCUAUCCAAGAAUACACAAUGUUGUGCAGAAUAUGGUCUUUCUGUAGCAAUAUGGUGACUUACCUUGGAGAAAUGUAAUACUUGUGCUACUCUCAUCCUUUAUAUAAUCAAAGAUUGUGUUACAUGGAAAAGCCUGCUGUACUGCAACCUAUGCACCCUGGCAAUACUCUCUACAUAUUAAAAGGAUAUAAUCGCCAGUAAUUGCUCUCACUUGCACUGAAUUAUUUAAACCUAGUGCUGAAUGAAGACUUUCCUAAAAUAUUUUUCAUGACAGUGCAAUUAAUUUCUGUAUCUUUUUGUUUAUAGAAAAACCUUUCUUGCUUUUUUUUUUUUCUUUGCAUGUCUUGGAAGACAAACUGAGCAAGAACUUUAUUCUCUUUAAAUUAUUCAGAAGCAUCUGUCACAUGCAGAAAAAGCAGUCCACCAUGAACUGUCUAGUAAUUUAGGGCCACAUACACUCUACUAUUAAAACCUCCAAUAGUUUUUAAAUGAAUUAAGGUAAAUGGCUCUCAUAUCUGAGCCAUCAUACUUAAAUUACUGUGUACAGGGAAGGCAAUAAGAGUAUAUAAAUGUAAGGGAUUAAGUCUGGGGUUGUGGUUGAGUAGCAUGUCCCUACAUCCUUAAUUUGAGUACUAGCCUUAGUUUGAAUUGUUUUUGCACAGUUUCCACCAUGUAAAUAUCUCUUUAUAGCUUGCAUAUCAAUAUAUAAACCUACUUGGACUUUAGAUACCACAAACUGUAGAAUAUUCAACAACAAAAGUUUUUUGUGAUCCCUAUUAAGUGCCACAUUUUGUGUACUUGAAAACAAAUUUUAAACUUUCAAUAUCAAAAUGGCAAAUGUUGAAGUUGCAUUAUAAUUUUAAAAAACUUGAAAUAGAUAUAUUUUAAUUUCCAGUAAAGGCAGUGGCUCAGUAUAGCUUAUGACAUUUGCAAGAACUGAUAGAUAAUAUAAAGAUUUUUUUUGAUUAUGUAAAUGUAUGUUUUUCACUUGUCAUUGUAUAUAGUUCAAAUUUUCCUGUAUUUAAUUGUAUUCAUGUCUGUAUGUCAGAUCUACUUUGGACUCUACUGGGUAGGCAAAUAAUUCAUUAACAGAUGGAAAUAAAACUAUUAAUUUGA